CAGAGAGGAACUUGCCUUUGGCUGUUAAGCUUUGGAAAUAAAACGUGCCGUUUCCUAUAUCGGCCAAACGUGGAAUGUUUUUCCCCCCGACAGGGACACACCAGGCUAAUUGCAGCUCAUGUCCUUUCAGUUUGAUCAAAAUGAUUAUACCUGUGAGAUGCUUCACUUGUGGUAAAACAGUUGGAAAUAAAUGGGAGGCAUAUCUUGGUCUUUUGCAAGCAGAAUAUACAGAAGGUGAUGCCUUAGAUGCUUUGGGUCUGAAAAGAUACUGCUGUCGCAGAAUGCUGCUUGCCCAUGUAGACCUGAUUGAAAAGCUCCUGAACUAUGCCCCACUGGAGAAAUAAAUAUGAAGAAUUUAUGUGUACAUGAACCAAAGAUUUUACAAUCCUCAAGUCAAACUGCUGCGAUUAGAAAUCAGAUUAAUGAUCUGUGGGAAAUUCCUCAAGCCACUUAGUAUCCCCCAAAUAAAUGACUUAAUAUUGAAUUUCACCUAGUCAGUUGGGGAGUGUGCUUUUAAUUACAGCAUGGUUUUUUGUCAGAUUCUAAGUAUAUUAGAAUCUUUUGGAUUUUCAAAUAUGGAAGUUUGGGAGAAAAAACUCAAAAUUUGGGUUACAGUUAGCAGUUGUAACGAAGUUUUAAUAAAAAUAUGUUG